UCCGUCACUUUUUAUUCCGAAAUAAGGAAAAAAAGAUCUCUCAGUAGCUCUAUCCAAUACUACCCCACUGUUGUCAUUCUGAAUCAUCAGAGACAAAUCGAUUUUCGCCUCUGCAACAGAGAGAGAAUUCCAGCAUAUCAGGGGAUCGAUCAUAUAUUUCUGGAGUGAGGUAGGAAGCAUGUAUCAAAAACAGGAUGGCACAAAGCAUCAACACACAGUCAGCUCCCAACCUUGGUGGCGUGGUAUUGGGCAUGAUCCCAUAUCUACAGAUGUCUUACGGGAAACCACCACGAGUUUGUCACCAUCCAACAAUUCAAGUGACAGUUUAGAAACCGAAACCCGAAAAUUCCUAGUCAAGGAUGGGCUGGAUGAGGGGAAUGAUGUCAACAAAAAAUUAGAAAUCUCUUUGGUGUCACAAUCAGAUGGAAAAUCUGGACAAGAGCAGCAGCAUGCCGCAUUCUUUACGCCUCAAACAAUGGGUGAAUACCUCACUCCACCUACCCAGCUAGGACUUCUUGGCCACUCAAUUGCAUGUGCAUCAUAUCAAUAUUCUGAUCCAUAUUAUGGGGGAGUAAUGCCUGCUUAUGGACCUCAGGCUUUGGCACAUUCUCAUUGGCUUGGAGUGCUUCCCGCUAGAAUGGCCUUGCCCCUUGAGAUGGCAGAGGAACCUGUUUAUGUGAAUGCCAAGCAGUACCAUGGAAUUCUGAGGCGAAGACAGUCACGUGCUAAGGCUGAGCUGGAAAGGAAACUAAUAAAGUUAAGGAAGCCCUAUCUUCAUGAGUCUCGGCACUUGCAUGCAAUGAGGAGGGCAAGAGGUUCUGGUGGCCGUUUCCUGAACACGAAGAAGCUUGACAGUAACGACAUUGGACCUGACAAAGGCACCAUCAGUCCCGGUGGAACUGUUUCGACGCAUCCCUUCAAUUCAUUGCACUCUGAACGGUCCAACUUUUCUGGGAGUGUGCAUUCAUCCUCUGGUCAUGAUCAUAUGGAAGUUACAGGAAUUCAUGUGCAGGAAAUGCACCGACCACAGACAUACUCCAAUGCCAUUGGCAACGACGGCUGGUACAGAAGAAGGUGAUAUAGGUCAGGGCAGCAUCAUCAAAGACUUACUGUGAAUGGGGCUCAGAGAGCCCUGACCAUCAAAUGAACCAUCUCUAUAAUGAGUUAUGGCAAGAAAGCCCGUUUUAGCUUUGAGGGUGUUCUAUAAUCUAUACCCUCAGAAUUCAAAGUGAUAUUCAUCUCUCUAGCCGUCAAGCGAGUUCCUCAUAUCAUUUUGGUAUGAGCCAUCUUUCUAUAAUUUCACUCUGCUGUUCCUCAUUGGUCUACAGGCAAAGCUGAAGACUUUAUUACCCUAAUGGCUAGGAGAUAAGAUUCUCCACCACCGAAAUAUAUAACUUUUCACCACCUUGUUUAUGUGGUAAGGUGGUCUCCCACUAGCUUUAAAGUUUUUUUUUAUUUUUAAAAAAUAAAAUAAGGUGGGUGACCAUUUUGCCACAUAAAUAAGGUGGUGAAAAGUUGUAUAUUUAGGUGGUGGAGAAUCUAUAUCUUAUAGGAUAGUUGUGAUUUUUUUUUUUUUCAAAGAACUUAUGAUUUUCUGCUAUAUAAGAUAGUUGUGUUUUUAGUUGUGUGAAAAGUUGAUAGGAAAUAAUAUCUCAAUGGCUAGAGAGGGGUAAAACCCUGCUUGGCUUGGCUUGUAUUAAUUGUGUAAUUGGGAUGGGGAUGGUAAAGGCGGCAAAUCAUUCUUGUUUUCCGCUGUUAUAUAGUGUGCCAUGGCAUUUAUAUAUCCUUGCUUUUCUCCCAUGUACAAAGAAAGUGGUUACAAUAGGCAUUUUGUUUGAAUGAGUAAUGAGAGUAUUUUUGUGGCUUA